ACCGGAAGUAGUUCCCCUCUCUGAGUGUAACUGGAGCAGCAGAGUCUGCUGGCUGAAGAGGUUUGUCUUCGUGUUUUCGGGCCUUUGUUGUCCUUUUCCCGCCGUUAGUCCUGCUCUUUAUGUCCCGGAGUGAACCAGCAGAGUCCGGGUGUCUGGAUCAACGUGUUUCAGUGGACUUUGUGUGAAUAUUCUGGACGUUUCAGCUCAGAAUCAUCUCUGUUAGCCCAGAAUGCUAACUGGAGUGAUCGCAGCUAACUGGAGAUAGACGGAGCCGGAUCAGCUCAGCGCUAGUUUCUCUAUUCAAUAGAGACCAGACUGUUUACUGGAGACACCAUGUCCACAUGAAGCUGUCUGAAUGGACUCUGAGCUGUCUCCUUUAGUUAAAAACGAGCUGUGAUUCAGUGAAACAUGUCUAAAGUUGACCUGCUGAGAGUUUUUGUGAAGCAGAGACUAACUUUGGCUGCUGAAGAGAUAUUAGAUCUGUUUGAAACAACGAUAGCAGAGUACGAGGAGCAGCUGGAGUUCAGCUCCAAAGAGAAUCAACGAAGACAGAAACUACUGGACGCUGUUUUACACCCGGAAGUCCAGCUACACAGAGCAGACGUCCAGCAGCUGUUGGUGGUUAGAGAAGAGGAUCCCACUGAGCAGCAGGAGUGGAGCUCCAGUCUGGACCAGGAGGAUCCAGAGCCUCCACACAUUAAAGAGGAACCAGAGGACCUCUGGACCAGUCAGGAGGGAGAGCAGCUUCAAUGGCUGGAGGAAGCUGAUAUCAAGUUCCCAUUCACCUCUGUCCAUGUGAAGAGUGAAGAAGAUGAUGAAGAGAAAGCUCAGUCCUCACAGCUUCAUGAAGGACAAUCUGAGGAGAACAGAGAGGCAGAGCAUUUGAUAAUAGAAUCUGAUGAAGAGGACUGUGGAGGACCAGGACCAGCCAGGAACUCAGAUCCAGAUAGUCUUUUACAACCAGCUACUCAUGACAAUACUUCACCCUCCUUUGAACUUGAGACUGAUGACAGUAGAGAUUGGGAGGAGACUAAGGAACCUCAGUCAGGUUCAGACCCUCUGCAAAACAAUGAAGUAUCUGUAAGUGAUAUGAAAUGUAAUACUGGAAAAGUCUCUGCUAGCUCAUUUGAAUGUGCUAGAAACUUUAGCCGCAAGGAACAUCUGCAUCAACACACAGGAAUCCAAACAGGAAGUAAACCGUUUAGUUGCUCCGUCUGUGAUAAAACAUUUGCAAUAAGCUCAAGUUUGAUCUCCCACUUCAGAGUUCAUUCAGUUGGAAAACGUUUCAGCUGUUCAGUUUGUAAAAGAAGUUUCGGUACCAGUAGCAAUUUGGUUAGACACAUGAGAAUCCACACCGGCGAGAAACCAUUUAGUUGUUCAGUUUGUGGAAAAAGAUUUACACAAAAGGAACAUUUGAGAGUACACCUGUUUGCCCACACAGGGGAGAAACCAUUUGGUUGUUCAGUUUGUAGUAAAAGAUUCUCAUUCGAUAGUAAUCUCAGGCAACACAUGGCUGUCCACACAGGGGAGAAACCACUUAGUUGUUCAUUUUGUAGUAAAAGAUUCACACUACAAGGUAAUCUGAGAAAACACUUGAUUGUCCACACAGGGGAGAAACCAUUUGCUUGCAGCGUUUGUGAUAAAAGAUUCACUCGGCUCCAUAAUGUCAAAAAACACAAGUGUGUUGGCGAGAGCAGCAAAACGAAGUGAAGCUGCAGAGAUGCUUGUUGAACCAUUUAACAUUAUUCCAGCAGGAUUGAAGUACUGAUGACAAGACUUGGUUCAACACAGAUCAACUAAAAACGGACAGACUUAAAGGUCCCAUGUCGUGCUCAUUUUUAGGUUCUUACUUGUAUUUUGUGUUUCUACUAGAACAUGUUUACCUACUUUAAUGUUUAAAAAAACUUUUAUUUUCCUCAUGCUGUCUGCUUGAA